AUGCGGGGAGUAGAGUUACCAUACGAGAGUAAUAUUACUCUGGAACGGUUUUGGUACUUGGCGGGGGAAUUACUCUACACCAAGUUGUACUAUGAUACUUCGAGAGGAAGGUAUUUUACCAAGCGUUUUAGAAAGCCACAGGAGAAAGAAGAUACAGUUGAGGAUGUUGGAGCGGACGUUGGAGCGGACGUUGGAGCGGACGUUGAUGACAUGGGAGAAGAUCCAUGUUCAGAGGACAUUGAUCCAUGUUCAGAAGAGGAAAUUAAUACACUAUUGGUCAGCUACUUGACGCUUGUAUCCAACUACUGCGACCAAUUGGCUGACUCAGGUAAAGAUCCACGAUUCUUCCAGAAGGUUUCGAAAUUUAUUCUGAAUUACGAGAAUUAUAAACGAAACAAGAUCUUUUGUAUUCGGAAAAUGCUCUCUUUAUUGACGUAUGCUGUCGAUAGUAAUGCCAAGAAUAUGAGUUUGAAUGCAGCGUCUCUUGACACGGAUCUACAGGAGGACGUGGUAAAUACAAUUGAGACAAACGAGAAAUUCAUCAGAACCAUUGGCUGGAUUUUCUAUACUAAUUACAAGGCUGUUGGAGAAGAGUUUCUAGACAUUCUUAACAAAUAUAGUGGCAUCGAAGCCAUCUGCAAGGUCCUUCACAAUUAUUACAUGGUGUCACGAAAUGUCAAAGAAGGAGAUCCGUUUGCAUCUAAUUACUUCAAUUAUAUUGAACUUCUUUAUCAAAUUUGCAAACAGUGCGAAUUGGAGCCUGAGCAAUUGAAUGCUAUGAGUACGAAGUUUCUGAAGUAUCUACUGUCUAAGUUGAAGGUAUCGACAGAAGAGGAAGAUCCUGCGAACUACAUGAAAUUUAAGCUAUUGUUGAUCCUUAAUGAGCAAUUCAUGGUUCAGCAGUAUUCAAAUUCAGCAGAAAGUACAACGAAUCGAUUGUUUGAUACAUUGAUGUCUAGCAACGUUUAUUUUUGUAACUUUGCAGAGACUUUGAUCCUGAACUUUAAUAGGGAAACCAAUCCAACGGUUCAGAUAUUAAUGCUCAAAAUGCUUUACGUGAUAUUCACAACGUCAAAAACUUGUCAUUCCAUAUAUCUUAAUGACCUCAAGGUUAUAGUGGAUAUCAUUAUAAGAGAACUGUGCAAUUUGUCAUUAAGCAAAGAUGUUCCCUUAAUAAACACAUAUCUUCGCGUUCUCUACCCGAUGCUUCUCUUUUCGAACUUGAAAGGUCAUUGUUAUAAGGUUGACAGCAUGAGGGAUAUUCUUACCUAUCUUUUGACUACUGAGCAGACAAACGAGGUCACUCAACGAUUGGCUCAAAGAUGCCUCAAGCUGGACAUAUUCAAAGAGAUUGAAGUAUCCCCAACUAAGAUCGGUCCUAUUUCUUUCCCGUCCCCAAUAGUUAUAGCCAAUUCCUUGUGCCAGGGAAUUAGAUCGCUACCGGCAUCGCUACCUGGAUCUCCCCUUAGGAAUCAUCAUUCAGCACCACCACCACCACCUCCACCUCCAGCACCACCACAUCCUCGUCAUUGGUCAUCGGCUGAUAUCGGUCAGACAGACCCAAAAAUACCAGUACAAAUGGUAACUCGGGUUAGUUCCUCUUCAUCGUCGCAGAUUUCUGUCAUCAGCGAGACUGACGACUAUUUACAACCUCCUCCUAGACGUACUAGAGGAAUGUCUACAGGUUCCGCCAUGUCACUUGAUUCGUCUAAUGGUGGAAAAAGAAGGCCGGCUCCUCCGCCUCCUCCAAGAAGGCGCAUCCAGAGCUCAUCUAAUCUCUCUCUAAGUAGGGCUAAGGCAGAUUAA